AUGUUUUCCAACCCGCUGAGGUGGGGCUCCCAGAGCUCCUACCAGCAGGUGGCCGGGGGACUGGAUGCGCAGAAAUGCAGUCCAGAGAAAAGUGCUUCACUCUUCAGUAAGGUGACAUAUUCCUGGUUCAGCAGAAUAAUUAUCUUAGGCUAUAAAAAACCUUUGGAAAGAGAAGAUCUUUUUGAACUAAACGAAAGUGAUUCCUCUUAUACUGUGUGUCCCAUCUUUGAAAAACAAUGGAGGAAGGAAGUUUUAAGGCAUCAAGAAAGACAAAAAGCACAGGCUUCUAUUCAUAAAGAGUUGCAUGCCAGAAAACCAUCUCUACUUUAUGCACUGUGGAACACAUUUAAGUCUGUCUUGAUUCAAGUUGCUUUAUUCAAAGUGUUUGCUGAUGUUUUGGCCUUCAUCAGCCCACUCAUAAUGAAGCAAAUGAUCAUUUUCUGUGAACACAGUUCAGAUUUUGGCUGGAGUGGCUAUGGCUAUGCAGUGGCACUUUUUGCUGUUGUCUUUUUGCAAACCCUGGUUCUUCAGCAAUAUCAGCGUUUCAACAUGCUCACCUCUGCCAAAAUCAAAACAGCUGUAAUUGGAUUGAUCUACAAAAAGGCUCUCCUGUUAUCAAAUGUUUCUAGAAAACAAAAUUCUACUGGGGAAAUUAUUAACUUAAUGUCAGCAGAUGCCCAGCAGCUCAUGGAUUUGACAGCAAACCUCAAUCUCCUUUGGUCAGCUCCAUUUCAAAUCCUGAUGGCCAUAUCACUCCUCUGGCAGGAGCUGGGUCCUGCAGUAUUAGCAGGCAUGGCAGUCCUGGUGCUUGUCAUACCAAUAAAUGCUUUAGUGGCAAUUAGAGUGAAAAAGCUGAAGAAAAGCCAAACGAAGAACAAAGAUAAACAGAUAAAACUACUCAAAGAAAUCUUACAUGGAAUUAAGAUUCUGAAACUUUAUGCGUGGGAACCUGCCUAUAAAGAUAAGAUUAUCAAAAUUAGAGACCAGGAAUUGGAGUUUCAAAAAUCAUCUAGGUAUCUUGCUGUAUUUUCUAUGCUGACAUUAACUUGUGUUCCAUUCUUGGUGUCUCUGGCUACCUUUGGCAUCUAUUUCUUACUGGAUGAAGAAAAUAUUUUAACAGCCACUAAAGUGUUCACAUCUAUAUCGUUGUUUAAUAUUUUGAGGAUUCCUCUGUUUGAUUUACCAGUAAUAAUCUCAGCUGUGGUCCAGACAAGGAUAUCACUGGGCCGUUUGGAAGACUUUCUCAACUCUGAGGAGAUUCUUCCUCAGAAUAUUGAAACAAACUAUGCAGGAGAUUAUGCUGUUGGAUUCACAAAUGCUUCUUUUUCCUGGGAUAAAGCAGGGAUUCCAGUACUAAAAGACUUGAACAUAAAGAUUCCAGAGGGAGCUUUAGUGGCUGUGGUUGGGCAAGUUGGCUCUGGAAAGUCAUCUGUGCUGUCGGCCAUUCUAGGGGAAAUGGAGAAGCUCACAGGAGUAGUCCAAAGAAAGGGCUCUGUGGCUUAUGUUUCCCAGCAGGCCUGGAUUCAGAAUUGCACUUUGCAAGAAAACAUUCUCUUUGGCUCCACCAUGCAGAAGCAGUUUUACGAGCAAAUUUUGGAAGCCUGUGCUCUCGUUCCUGAUUUGGAGCAGUUACCAAAUGGAGAUCAAACUGAGAUUGGAGAAAGAGGAGUGAACAUAAGUGGUGGCCAGAAGCACCGAGUCAGUCUGGCCAGAGCUGUCUACAGCGGGGCCGACAUCUACCUCUUGGACGAUCCCUUGUCUGCCGUUGAUGUCCAUGUUGGAAAGCAGCUUUUUGAAAACGUGAUAGGAUCCUCAGGUCUUUUGAAAAACAAGACUCGUAUUUUAGUGACACACAACCUCACACUUUUGCCACAGGUGGAUCUUAUUGUUGUCAUGGAAAAUGGCCGAGUUGCCCAUAUGGGAACAUACCAAGAGCUGGUGUCUAAAACCAAAAACCUCACUAAUUUCCUUCAGGCCUUCAAUGAAAAAGAAAAUGCACAUGCAUCAAAGCGAAUCAAUGUAAUCGACUCCAAAACUAUACUGGAAGAUCAAAUUCUGCAGCAAAAAGAUAGGCCAUCAUUGGAUCACAGAAAACAGUUCUCAAUGAAAAAGGAAAAGAUCCCUGUUGGUGGGGUGAAGUUUUCAAUCAUUGUGAAGUACCUCCAGGCCUUUGGCUGGCUCUGGGUGGGGCUGAUUGUGGCCACUUACUUAGGGCAGAAUUUGAUGAGCAUUUGUCAGAAUCUGUGGCUUAGUGCCUGGGCAAAGGAAGCAAAACACAUGACUGAGUUUACAGAAUGGAAGCAGAUCAGAAGCAAUAAACUUAGUAUCUAUGGCUUAUUGGGACUAAUACAAGGUCUCUUCGUCUGCUCUGGAGCCUAUGUUCUCAGCAGAGGAUCCCUGGCUGCCUCACGAACAGUGUACGCUCAGCUGUUGAAUAAUGUACUACAUCUCCCCCUCCAGUUUUUUGAAACCAACCCCAUAGGCCAGAUCAUCAGUCGAUUCACCAAGGAUAUGUUUAUAGUUGAUGUGCGUUUCCAUUACUACUUACGGACCUGGUUGAACUGUACACUGGAUGUUAUCGGAACAGUUUUGGUCAUUGUGGGAGCUUUACCACUCUUCAUACUGGCUGUUGUUCCCUUAAUUAUAUUCUAUUUCACCAUUCAAAGAUACUACGUGGCAAGCUCACGACAGAUUCGACGAUUGGCAGGAGCGUCUCGCUCACCUAUUAUUUCCCACUUUGGUGAGACCUUGUCAGGGGUGUCUACUAUCAGAGCGUUUGGACACGAACAGAGGUUCAUCCAGCAAAACAAAGAGGUGGUGAAUGAGAACUUGGUCUGCUUCUACAAUAACGUAAUUGCAAACAGGUGGCUGUCUGUUAGGCUUGAAUUUCUUGGCAACCUAAUGGUGCUCUUUGCUGCACUGCUUGCUGUGCUGGCUGGCAAUUCCAUAGAUUCAGCAAUAGUUGGUUUGUCUAUAUCCUAUGCCCUAAAUAUUACUCACUCUCUGAACUUUUGGGUAAGGAAGGCAUGUGAAAUUGAAACCAAUGCUGUCUCCAUUGAAAGAAUUUGUGAAUAUGAAAAUAUAGAGAAAGAGGCACCAUGGAUAAUGCCUAGAAGGCCUCCAUCACAAUGGCCCAGUAAAGGAAUAGUGGAAUUUGUGAAUUAUCAGGCCCGGUAUCGAGAUGAUCUUGGUUUAGUAUUACAAGAUAUCACUUUCCAGACUCAUGGGGAAGAGAAGAUUGGAAUUGUGGGAAGGACUGGAGCAGGCAAGUCAACACUGUCAAAUUGCUUAUUUAGAAUUGUGGAGGGGUCAGGAGGCAAAAUUAUUAUUGAUGGUAUUGACAUAUCCAGUAUUGGACUCCAUGAUCUUCGUGGCAAACUUAACAUCAUCCCACAGGACCCUAUUUUAUUUUCUGGAACCCUGCAGAUGAACCUGGAUCCCCUAGCCAAGUAUUCGGAUAGUGAGCUGUGGGAAGUGCUGGAACUGUGUCACUUAAAGGAGUUUGUGCAGUCCCUUCCCGAGAAGCUGCUGCAUGAGAUUUCAGAGGGCGGUGAAAACCUCAGCGUUGGGCAACGGCAGCUCAUCUGUCUGGCCCGUGCUUUGCUUCGUAAAACAAAAAUUCUCGUCCUGGAUGAAGCAACAGCCUGCGUGGACUUGGAGACUGAUCACGUGGUGCAGACCACGCUCAGGAAGGAGUUUUCCGACUGCACCGUCCUGACGAUCGCUCACAGGCUCCGCUCCAUCAUUGGUUCCGACAGGGUCCUUGUUCUUGAUUCUGGAAGGAUUAUAGAAUUUGAAACACCACAGAAUUUGAUACGUCAGAAAGGGCUUUUCUUUGCAAUGACAACAAAAGCUGGACUAACACAAGACUCAGAGACAAAAAAUAAAUUUCUUUAA